AUGGGGGUGACAUUGGGGGCCCUGGAGUUCAGGGGCCGCAGCCGCGAGGGCAGAGGCCCCGUGAGGGAGCCCCCAGGAAGAGGCUUCUUAAGCCUCCCAGCCCUGUGGGACUGUCACUCUGAGGCUCCUGGGAGCUCAGCCCCCUCUCCAGCCCUGACCCCCCACCCACCCGGGGUCUUCUGCUGCAUCUGCCUGCCCGCCGCCCUGCUUAGCACCUCCCCUGUGACCCUCCUCCCAAACCCAGUCAUUUCACCUCCGACUCUGUGGCCUGGGGGUUGGGAUGGGGCUCUCUCGUGGUGA